AUGGGCGCCGCCGGCUCGUGGGCGCUGGCCCGCCUCGGCCUCCCCGCGCCGCGCCUCCCCGCGCAGCCUCGGCCCCGGUGGCUCGGGGUGGCCGCGCUGGGACUGGCCGCGGCGGCGCUGGGGGUCGUCGCAUGGCGUCGCGCGCGGCCCGGGCGGCGUCGGCAGCUGCAGCAGGUGGGCACCGUGGCGCAGCUCUUGAUCUACCCGGUCAAGUCCUGCAAGGGGGUGCCGGUGAACGCGGCGGAGUGCACGGCCAUGGGACUGCGCAGCGGCAGCAUGCGGGACAGGUUUUGGUUGGUGAUUAAGGAAGAUGGACAUAUGAUCACUGCCCGGCAGGAGCCUCGCCUUGUGCUGGUCUCCAUUGCCUAUGAGAACAACUGCCUGAUCCUUAGUGCUCCGGGUGUGGACCCACUGGUUUUGCCUUGCAAGCAGCCUUCAUCCAACACACUCCACGACUGCAGGAUAUUUGGUCUUGAUAUUAAAGGCAGAGACUGUGGCGAUGAGGCAGCUCAAUGGUUUACCAACUUCUUGAAAACAGAAGCAUUCAGGUUGGUUCAGUUUGAAAUGAACAUGAAGGGAAGAACAUCACGAAAAAUUUUCCCUACUGUUGCACAGGAUUACCAGGUGGCCUACCCGGACUGCUGCCCACUCAUGAUCCUCUCGGAUGCCUCACUGACAGAUUUGAAUACCAGGAUGGAGAAGAAAGUGAAAAUGGAGAAUUUCAGGCCAAAUAUUGUGGUGACAGGCUGCAAUCCUUUUGAGGAGGAUACCUGGAAUGAACUCCUAAUUGGUGAUGUAGAAGUGAAGAAGAUAAUGUCUUGCCCCAGGUGCCUUUUGACCACGGUUGACCCAGAUACUGGAGUCAUAGACAGGAAGGAGCCACUGGAAACCCUGAAGAGCUACCGCCUGUGUGAUCCUUCUGAGAAGCCACUAUACAAGUCGUCCCCACUUUUUGGGAUCUAUUAUUCAGUGGAAAAAAUUGGAAACCUGAGAGUUGGUGACCCCGUCUAUCAGAUGGUGUAGCGAUAGCUCCCCUAGGGUGAUAAGGUAAAGGGCCAGCUUUGCUUCUGAAUACAGCAUCUUGAUGCCUUUGACACAUAUUCUUGUGUUAAGAUGUUUUUAUUCGUAUGCUGAGUUACUUAUUGGGAGAAUGAGCAGUUUUGCCUUCUGGUCU